CUUCCCCUUCCCCUCCCAGCGCGCCCGCGCGCCCCGCGGCCCUCGGCGAGCAGCUCGGCUCCCCCCAGCGCUCCCCGGGCCCAAAGAUAUGGCAAUGGUAGUUAGCAGCUGGCGAGAUCCGCAGGACGACGUGGCCGGGGGCAACCCCGGCGGCCCCAACCCCGCAGCGCAGGCGGCCCGCGGCGGCGGCGGCGCCGGCGAGCAGCAGCAGCAGGCGGGCUCGGGCGCGCCGCACACGCCGCAGACCCCGGGCCAGCCCGGAGCGCCCGCCACCCCCGGCACGGCAGGGGACAAGGGCCAGGGCCCGCCCGGCUCGGGCCAGAGCCAGCAGCACAUCGAGUGCGUGGUGUGCGGGGACAAGUCGAGCGGCAAGCACUACGGCCAGUUCACCUGCGAGGGCUGCAAAAGUUUCUUCAAGAGGAGCGUCCGCAGGAACUUAACUUACACAUGCCGUGCCAACAGGAACUGUCCCAUCGACCAGCACCACCGCAACCAGUGCCAAUACUGCCGCCUCAAGAAGUGCCUCAAAGUGGGCAUGAGGCGGGAAGCGGUUCAGCGAGGAAGAAUGCCUCCAACUCAACCCAAUCCAGGCCAGUACGCACUCACCAACGGGGACCCCCUCAACGGCCACUGCUACCUGUCCGGCUACAUCUCGCUGCUGCUGCGCGCGGAGCCCUACCCCACGUCGCGCUACGGCAGCCAAUGCAUGCAGCCCAACAACAUCAUGGGCAUCGAGAACAUCUGCGAGCUGGCCGCGCGCCUGCUCUUCAGCGCCGUCGAGUGGGCCCGCAACAUCCCCUUCUUCCCGGAUCUGCAGAUCACCGACCAGGUGUCCCUGCUACGCCUGACCUGGAGCGAGCUGUUCGUGCUCAACGCAGCCCAGUGCUCCAUGCCGCUGCACGUGGCGCCGCUGCUGGCCGCCGCCGGCCUGCACGCCUCGCCCAUGUCCGCCGACCGCGUCGUGGCCUUCAUGGACCACAUCCGCAUCUUCCAGGAGCAGGUGGAGAAGCUCAAGGCGUUGCACGUCGACUCGGCCGAGUACAGCUGCCUCAAAGCCAUCGUGCUGUUCACGUCAGAUGCCUGUGGCCUGUCGGACGCCGCCCACAUCGAGAGCCUGCAGGAGAAGUCGCAGUGCGCGCUGGAGGAGUACGUGAGGAGCCAGUACCCUAACCAGCCCAGCCGCUUCGGCAAACUGCUACUACGACUGCCCUCGCUGCGCACCGUAUCCUCCUCGGUCAUCGAGCAGCUCUUCUUCGUCCGUUUGGUAGGUAAAACCCCCAUCGAAACUCUCAUCCGCGAUAUGUUACUGUCUGGGAGCAGCUUCAACUGGCCUUACAUGUCUAUCCAGUGCUCCUAGACCUUGGGCGCUUCCCACCUGCCCCCACCCCCUAGAGACUCACAGGACCGGCGGGGGGCCGUGGACUCCAAUGCCGCGGGGACACCAGGCGGCCGAUGCAGGGUGCGGUGGGCCGGGCAGCGGGGAGGAGGGCCAGGGCGACAGGAGCAGCCCACCGUGCAGAAAUGCAACCCGAGCUGCAAACCAGGAGAAAAAGAGACUCUUUUUAGUGUCAGAUCUGUGGACAUGUUGGAAAGGAAAGGAAAAAGA